AUGGAAGCAUCCACUAUUAAAACAGGAACAUUUGAAAGAAAAAAAGUAAAAAAGAAAAUGAGGUGAGACAAAUUUUGCAUAAAAUUUAUAUUUUAAAUUUGUAUAUUUUAAAUAUGAUCUAAAUAUGAUAUACAUUAUUUAAUUUAUUACAUUUUUAUUCAAGUAAAGCACAAAUUCAAUUAGCAAUAAUUAAAAAGAAAGAAUGUGAUGCUAAAGCUCUCAAAAUUGUCGAACAGCUUUUAGAACCAAAAAUAGAUUCUGAAUGGCUUUUAUCUAAUUUGAAGUACAUUAACAAACAUCAUAUGGAAGAUGUAAUUGAAGAAAGGGCUAUAAUUAAAUUAUGUGGUUAUGUGCUAUGUAAUAAUGCAUUAACAAUAAGAAUUGAUCAACAGUAUCAUAUAUCAACAAAAAAAAACAAGGUUUAUGAUAUAACACGACGUAAAAAUUUUUGUAGUUCACAUUGUUAUGGAGCUUCUAAUUACCUUUUAAAACAAAUGUUCACAAGUCCUCUGUGGUUAAGAGAUAAAGAAGAAAUACUAGAAUUUAGAAUACUAUCAAACAAAAAUGAAUUAAAAGAAAAUAUACUUGGAGAUGAAAUUCAUGUGAGCGAUAUAAAAAUGGCAUUAAAUGCUGAAAAUACAGAUGAACAUAUAAAAGAUAAUAAAAUAUGCAAAAAGUUAGAGAGUAUACUUCUCAGUAAAUCUUCAGAAGCUAUUACACAUGAUGAGUAUGUAGCAAAAAUAUCUCAAGCAGAUAAUGAAAAUAUACAAACAAAUAAUAUUAUUGAAAAAUGUGAUAUUUUAAAAGAAUUUUCAAAAAAUAAUGAUGAGGAAUCUGUUGAUGUGAAAAAAUCAUCUAUUAAUUCAGAAAAUAAAGAUAGUACUAUUGGGAAUUCUAUAAAUGAUAAUAUUAAAAAAAUAUGUAUCUUAAAAGAUAAUACCUUACAAAAUUGUAUAGUAAUUCAAAAUACUACAAAUGUAAAUAAUGAUGUACUUUUCAAUGAAGAUAAAUGUCAAAAUAUAGAAAAUGAAGAACAGAAUGAAUUAUUGGAAACAUCAGGAAUAAAUAAUAAAGAUUCUAUACAAAAAGUAAAACAAAAGAAAAAUAAGUAUGAACAAAUAAAUGUCAAAGAAAAUCAAUCAAAUAAAUUUUAUAAUCUUGCAAUUCAUAUUGAACACAAUAUAAGGAAAUGGAUUACUGAAGAUACUGUAUCUUUAUUAUCAGGAGAAAAACGUAUUAAAAACCAAUUGUUAGAAAAUAUAGCUCAGCAUGACAGAUAUUUACAUCUGUGUAAGAAAUUAAAUAAAUUGCAAUUAGAAGAUGAAAAAUAUGAUCGUUUAGAUUUAACAACAAAUACUUUAAAACCAUUACCUCAUUUAUCUGUUCUUCGAGAAGAAGGAGAAAAAGUAGAAUUAAAAGUUCGGGCAUUUUAUAAAGGAAGUAUGAUUAGAGAAAAUCAUAAAAAUGUUACAGAAGUUGCUCAUCAGAGUAAUGAUUUUAGUCCAAUAUUACCUUUAACAGAUGCACAUGCACCUAAAAUACUUCGUCGUAGAAUAUUUUUAGACAAACUUAAUAGAAUAUUACCUGAUUUACUCUGUGCUUUAGUUGCUAAUAAAUUACCACAAUACACAUAUAACAAUGCAAAGAAUACUGUAAUUAAAGCAUUAGUUAAUACUUUUUCAUUAUCUGCUGCAAAUGUUAUUUUUAAAACAGCUGAAUGGACUCUUGUGGGCCUUAUUAUCAUUAAAAUGUUAAGUAUGAUAGAUCCAGAGUUAAAAUUUGUAUUGUCAACCAAACAAGCAAGAAUGUAUAUUUCAAUGAUUUUAAUGUCAUAUAAGUUAGAUUCAAAUUAUUUAGACAGAUUAGUAAUGGAAUUAAUUAAUAUGGAUAUAUCAGACAUAGACAAUAUUAUAAAUAUUUACCAUUAAAGACAUAAGAGCAGGUAAAAAUUUUGUGACAACUUGGCUAUCAAGUUUUGGUUCUUUAAAAUCUUGUGAAUCAAUCAUUUGCCAAGCAGAUAAACCUAAUGCAAGCAUUCUGAGUUACCAUGGCACAAUCAACAGCUAGUGGAACGUCUUCUCGACGAUAUAUCAGAGAGCACGAUGUUAAUGUAUCAUCUUCAUCACGAUAUGGGGAUAGUGAAUGGGAAACCAAAGAGGCUUUGCGACAAAGAGAACUUGAAGAAGCAAGAGCAAGAGCUGCACAAAUGGAAAAAACAAUGAGAUGGUGGUCAGAUUGUACUGCUAACUGGCGAGAAAAAUGGAGUAAAGUACGUAAUGAAAGAAAUAUGGCAAGAGAAGAAGCAAAGAUGCUUAGAGCAAAAUUAGAAAUAGCAGUAAAAGACGCUAAUAGUUAUAAACAUGAAUGUCAAGAACUUGAGUUACAAAAUGAGCAAUUAAAAAAAGAAAUGGAAAAAAUACAUAUGAUAUUGUUAAAACAUGCUGGACAAUUUGAUCAACAAAUUUUUACAGUUUUAGAAUCAGAUCCACAAUUAAGAAAUACAUUAGGUAUAGAUGAAUUAUUGAAGUUCUACAAUAAUAUUGAACAAACUGAAAGUGUAAAUUCUAAAAAAAAUUUACUUACUUGUAAAGUUUCACUUGAUGAAUCUAAUAUUUGCUUAGGAAGUCAUAAUAUUUUACCAGAUAGAGAUAUUGAAGAAUAUGUGUUACAAGGUGCUGUACCAAAGCAUGCUGUAGAAUUAUAUAAAGAAAGUCCUCUUAAUUCAUUAGACAAAGAUAUUGUGAGAUUAGCAGAUUCUAAUUCUGUAGAAGAUAACACAGAAAACAAUUUGCAAGCAUGUACAGAUGAAUCGUAUGCACAAAAAAUAAUAUUACUCCAACAUAAAUUGGAUGAAGCUACAAAAACUAUUUCUGUAGAAAGAGAAGAAAAAAAUUCUUUACAUCGCGGUUUGGAAAAAUUAAAAACAGAAAUAAUACAAGUAAGAAAACAGUAUGAAGAAUUAGAGGAAAGCAAAGCCGACGUUACAAGAGAACUGCUUGAAUUGAAAGAUCGCUUUCAACUUGAGCUUAGUGAUGUACAAGCUGGUAUAGUUGAUGAAGCUUCAAGUAGAGAAGGAAUGAAUCGUCGUCUAUGUGAACUUAGAACUGAAUUAGAGAAACUUCAAGCAGAAAAUGCAGCUGAAUGGGGAAAACGAGAACGUUUGGAGACAGAAAAAAUUUCUUUAGAACGUGAAAAUAAGCAACUUCGUAAUGAAUUAAAUGAUUUGCAGGAAAGGAUAGAGUCUCGACGAUCACGUCCAGUUUCCACAUCAGAUAGUGAUACAAGACAAUUACAUCAAGAAUUUCUAGUUAGAAAUGUGACAUUAUUGAAAAAAUCUUUAGAAGAGAAAACAACAGAACUUUCACAUGCUAUGAGAAGAUCAGAACAAUAUGAAGCAGAAGUAAAAAGAGUUAGAGCAAGAGUAGAGGAAUUGAAAAAAGAAUUAGCUGCAGUUCAAGAUGAACUAGAUACUGCAACUAAUAAUGUUCGUAAAUUGCAACGAACAAAUGAAGAUCUUUUAGAACAAUUAGAGUCAGCUAAUGUACAACUGGAACAUUUUCGAAAUAGGUAAAUAGCAGCAAUAUUUAUAAUAAUAGUAUUAUUAUUAUGUUGUGUAUAGUAUUAUUAUUAUAUUAUGUAUAUUAUAUUUAUAUUUAUAUUUUUUAAAUUAAAUUAUAGAAUUCAUAUUGACAAUUAAUUUGUUAUCAGUACCGAUUCCUAUCCUGUAGACGUGGGAAUAGGAGAAAAUCUUGAAGAAAAAUUAUGUAUAGCUAAUGAUGACAAAUUAACAAAUGGUAAGUUCAAUAUAUUGAUUUUCGUAUCACUUUAAUAAAUUUAAUUAAAUUUUAUAAAUAUUAUUUCAGAAUAUGAACCACAGCAAGCCUAG